AUGCCUCUUGCCGGGAACGCGACGCUUGAAGAGCAAGACCCCGAGAUCUUCCACCUCAUUGAAGCCGAGAAGAACCGUCAGUGGAAAUGCCUCGAGCUCAUUGCGUCCGAGAACUUCACGUCCCGCGCAGUCAUGGACUGUCUCGGCUCGUGCCUCACGAACAAGUACGCGGAAGGGCUGCCGAACGCGCGCUACUACGGCGGCAACGAAGUGAUCGACAAGAUUGAGAUCCUGUGUCAACAGCGCGCCUUGACGGCCUACGGCCUUGACGCCGACAAGUGGGGCGUCAACGUGCAGCCGUACUCGGGCUCGCCAGCCAACUUUGCCGUCUACACGGCGCUCCUGCGUCCGCACGACCGCAUCAUGGGCCUGGACUUGCCCAGUGGCGGCCACUUGACGCACGGCUUUUACACGUACUCGAAGGCCGAGAAGACGCGCAAAGCCGUGUCCGCCACGUCCGUGUACUUUGAGUCGCUGCCGUACCGCGUGAAUGCUGAGACGGGGCUCAUUGACUUUGACAAGUUGGCGGAACAAGCCGCGCUGUUCAAGCCGGCGAUGAUCGUCUGCGGUGGCAGCGCGUACCCUCGCGACUGGGACUACGCAGCGUUCCGUAAGAUUGCCGACGACAACGGGUCGCUGCUCAUGUGCGACAUGGCGCACUACAGCGGCCUCGUGGUCACGAAGGAGCACAACAGUCCGUUCGAGUACUGCGACAUUGUGACGACGACGACGCACAAGUCGCUCCGUGGCCCGCGCGCCGGCAUGAUCUUCUUUUGCCGCGAUGAGCGCAACUUUGAGACAAAGAUCAACAACGCGGUGUUCCCUGCUCUUCAGGGUGGACCACAUGAACACCAGAUUGCUGGCAUUGCCGCGCAAUUGAAGGAAGUGCAGAGUCCCGAGUUUAAGGCUUAUGUGCAGCAGCUGAAGGCAAAUGCGAAGAUUCUGGCCAAGACGUUGACGGAUCUGGGCUACUCGAUGUGCACAGGCGGCACGGAGAACCACUUGAUUUUGUGGGACUUGCGUCCUCAGGGCGUCACGGGCUCUAAGAUCGAGAAGCUCUGUGACUUGGUGUGUAUCACGCUGAACAAGAACGCUGUGCUGGGAGACCGCAGCGCGCUCACACCAGGUGGGGUGCGCGUCGGCACGCCGGCUCUGACCAGUCGUGGCUUCAAGGAGGCCGACUUUGUGCAGGUGGCCAAUUUCCUCGACCGUGCUGUGAAGCUCUGCAUUGAGAUCCAGGCCACGAGCGGCAAAAAGUUGGUGGACUUUGUCAAAGCUGCUGAAGCGCAUGAGGACGUGAAGCAGCUACGACGCGAUGUGAACGCUUUGGCCACGUCUUUUGAGAUGCCUGGCUUCAAGGUGUCGGAGAUGCGCAACAAGACCAUCGAAGAGUAA